GGAGAGCAGUUUGCCUGAAACACAAUACAUUUGCCAGCCUUCACAUUACCUGAGACGAUGUUUCUCAUGAAUACCUCUCCUUUGGUGGCCCUUCAGAGAAAAUGGGAACCUUUUCCCCAGUCAAGGAAUUGCAGGUAUCCGGUCUGUUUCUCAGAAUCUGAAGAAGAUCUUGCUAGAACAGCUGUAAAUGCCAAAGUCCAGAUGAUCAUAAACAAUCUGCAAAGCGAAGAAGUGGCCUUGGGUGCCAGCAGUGAAUAUGGCUGCAUCAUGCAGAAGAAACAGAAGGGAUCAAAAGAUAGCGGACACAGAUUUCGGAGGAAUGACCAGAGGCUGCAGGAGCAUAUUAAAUACACCCUUCGCAACUGCCCAGCAGACUCUGAUGGAAUGGACAUGGAAGACAGUGCAGAGUUUGGACCUCUCUCCUUGAAUUCUGACAGCGAUGAUUCCGUGGAUAGAGAUAUAGAGGAAGCCAUUCAAGAGUACCUACGGAACAAGGGCCAGAACAUUCCCCCACAACCAAAUAACACCGAGAAUUUGCCAAGUAAGGAUGAAGAUCAACCGGUCCAACAGGAAUAUCCCUCCCAUGAUGUUGCUUGUCGUUUAUGUCCUGCUGGUUGUGGCCCAGUCAGCGUGGCCCAGCAGUAUGUUGUUUCUGAUCAUGUUGGAGAUAAUGUUGUCCAAUGGGCUUCCUCCCCUUGUAGUGCGAGCAGCGAUGACUCUUUCGAACAGAGUAUAAAAGCUGAGAUAGAACAGUUCUUAAAGAAAAAGAAACAGCAAGCAAGAAAGAAGAUCACAAGGAGGAAUAAGCAAUUUCAUCAGAGAGAAGAGUUUCAAGAGAAGUUAGCCGUCAGUCAGAAAGGCAGCAUUAACAGAGGGAAUCGAAAUUCUUUAAAGCAAGGGGGCAAGGUAUACUUCCCAAAGCAGCAUCCUGAACUACGAAGUAUCAGCACGCCUAAAUGCUUGAAGUCAAAAACCAGGGAAGAGCCUGCAGCCUUAAAAGCAGAAAGAGAAGCAGACUUUUCAACUCCAACAGUUUGUUAUUCCUCCAUCCUGGAAGAAAGCAAAAAAAGUGGGAAGAGGCAGAUGCUUUGCAAUGCCGGAAGAGAGGAAAGAGUUAGUAUAGAUUUAUCCGAUUCGAGCAGUGAUGAUGGGAUUGAAGAAGCUAUUCAGCGUUAUCAGCUUGAGAAGAUUAAAAAAGGUCCAGAGUCCAGAGCAGCCUAUGUUUCUUUGCAGAAGGAAGAAUUCAGUGCCAGGAAGGCAGAGAAUAUUUCCCCAAGCCUGACAAGCUCCUUGCCAGAAAUCACUCAGAAAGCUCAGAGCUGCAGGAGGAAAGAUGCCAGUGCAAAGCCAGCAAUAUUAAGUAGGCUUGGGGCCACUUGUAAUGAUCUGGGAAAAAGCAGAAGUCAUUCUCCUCCCGAAGACAGUUUUGCCAAAUGUGCAGUCACAUUUCAGGCCUCUUGUCGAGCAGACACUGCUGCUGAAUUAAUGUGCGCAGAAGCGAUACUAGAUAUCUCCAAAACUAUUUUGCCUCCUCCAACAGCAAGUGAUAGCAAACUAUUCACAGCUAGUCCUUUCUUUCCUUCACAAAACAUGCUGCCUUCCCAGCAUGACAGUGACAAUACUGUGGACAGUGACGAUAGCAUUGAGCAAGAGAUAAGAGCUUUCUUGGCUGUCAAAGCAAAGACUGAGCACUUGAUAGCAAAAUCCAGAGAAGUCUCACACGCUUUCCAGAUGCCUCCUUCUUUGGGUCAGUCCAAUGAGCAGACUCAGAGUUCCAGGCAAAUGUUCCCCAAAUGCUUAAAACUGCCACUGAAUCGCAAAAAGAAACUUAAGAGGAAAAGUGAAGUAGUCACCCAAAAUGAGGACGCACAACUGAUCUUCUCAGAGAUGGACUAUUUGGAUAGGAACCUUUCAAAAUCCUCUGUAACCCAACUGAAAGAUGAAAGAACUGGAAAGGUGGUUAUAUACCCAAAAGACACGCUAACUACUAUUAGUUCUAUCAGUCUUGCAAACCCUUUGUCUCAUGCAUUUCAUGGUUCUGGAAGUCUUGUAGAAAAUGUAACACGAGGUCAGCAGAAAUAUGGGGCAGAUGAUAAAAGCAGCUCAUUUGAUAGUGAUGAGGAUUUGGAUACAGCUAUCAAAGAUCUGUUAAGAUCCAAACGGAAGUUAAAGAAAAAAUCCAAAGACCAAAGAGUUCACUGCAAAAGGAAAGUCAGAUUUGGUGAUGCUGAAAUGCAUAUUUUUUAUAAGAAUGAGAGAGACAGCCAACCCCAAACUCCCACCUUAUUAAAAAAGUGUCUUGUAAGUUCCAGGAGAGACAGAGAGGGAAAUGUAAAGAAAGAGCCCCUGAGAAAACCGAAAGGUACCAUAGAGUUUGAACAUGAAUGUAAAAAGGAAUGCCAGACCAAACCAACUUCUGGAGCUGAAAUCCAGGAGGCCACAAAGACUCAUCCAUGCCUGUGGGCUGUGACAUCCUUGGCGGAUGACAGCAGUUCCAUAGACAGUGAUGACAGCAUUGAACAAGAAAUCCAGAGGUUCUUGGCAGAAAAGGCUAAGGCCUCCACAAGGGUCGGGGUGUUACCAGAUGCCAGUGGAGUUGCUGAGACCUUUGGAGCUGAUAAGCCUCAGGCUGCUCUGUCGAAAGCAAAGUGGCAACUACUCAGGUGUGGAGGCAGUGCCUCACAGAAAGAGGGCAAAAAGAUGGAGAGGUUGGACCCACCAGUUCCUGAGCUGAGCAGCUGUCUGAGAUGCGCAGGAGAGACGGAAGAAAAUGCAUCUCACCCCAGUGAACAAGUCAGAUCGUUCAUGGAAGAUGGGGGCAGCCAGGCUCAAGUGGCAAACACACACACUGUGGAAACAAAGGGGAUUGAGCUACCUGUAAAAAGAGCUGCAGUCCAAAGAAAGGAUAUUUGGGAUGACAGGCUUGAUCAAAGGGCCCUUUCAUCUGGGAAGGGCAAAGCAGAGAGUUGUAAAUGGCAAAAUUAUUUUAAGACCAUCCCCUCUUUCAAAAGGAAGAGCUCGUAUGAAUUCAAAAUAUCCAGCAAAUUUCUAGCAGGUCUCAAAGGUGGUGGGAAUAAGAAGAAAUCUCUGCUUUUGGGAAAAAAACAGGGCAUUAACCUUUCUAUGCUCAAGAAGCAUGGAGGUAUCUUGGCAGCAAAUUCGUUUGGUGAGAAGUCUCUGCCGAAAGAGAUUGUGGAUUCCAGAAGUGAGGCAGGAAUAAGAGAAGUAGAUCAGGGUCCUGGGUUCCAGGCAAGAAGUUUGUGUCCCUGCAGACAGGAAGGGAAUGGAAGUGCCCAGGAGACCACCGUAUCUAAUGAAGUGGUAAACUCAGCCAAACAUCCUGUGAAAGGCCACAAGGUAGAUUCCAGCCAAAGCCCCCCUUUGCAAGAGCCUGGCAUAGAGGAGACCAGAGAGGUCACAGCUAGCCCCGGGGUAACACUUGCUGAAGUCCCUGCUAGGGAAGGGAAAAUCCUGGAGUACAGCAGCAGUUGGGCGAAGGGUAAGGUUCCUGACAGCCCUUGCGAUUUAUCCACGGAAGGGAACACGACCAGCCAAGGUAGGAUAGCAGAAGAACAAACCCAGCACCUUCCAGAGGUUACAGGUGGGCCCAUGGGAGAACACACACACUGUCUCCUGAAAACAAAGGAUUCUGGUUUAUAAGUCCUUUAUUUUACAGCGUUGGCAUUUUUAAAAGGCGACUAAAGCUAAAUCUGUGUUCUAAGUUAGAACUUCUCACAUGAAGUUUAAUAUCUGUGUUGGAAGAGAUAACGUACGCAGACUGAUUCAAGCUCCUGUUGCAUGAGUAGCUCAGAUUGGUCCAUCUGUAGUGAGAAGUGUGUGCUUACGAAAAUAAAUACCUCUUGUCACAGAGAUCAAUCUGUGUUAGAGAAAACAGUGAUGGCAAGGCAACCAAAGUGAUUGUAUUUUAGGGAACCUGAGACUGGAAGGGGAGGCAGUAAAUGCAGAGCUACUACCCAUGAUGCCCACCUUAUAAAAAAACACAUCUCCAAUUACGCCUAUCCAAGGUUUUGUUUUCUCUUUUGAAGGAAUGAUUUCUUUAUAUGAAAAGAGCGGCUCUUUAAGGAAAACUUUAUAUGACAAUUUAUACAGCAUGCUUAACUGCAGGUCGUUAUGGUUACCAGGGUUUUUCAUAGCAGAUGAUUAAGGUCACUGUGUUUUCAGACCGUUUUCUGGUAAGCCUUCCAGGUCUGUGGGACUCCUUUCCCCCUCUAGCCUUCACGGCUCUAGGCUGUAAGAUUUUGGGAGGCAGGAUUAUUAUGGGAGCUGGUUCAAUAAAAGAGCGUCAGGUUGGAGGAGGAUGCUCAAACUGAAGUCCUCUCUCACCCUCUUAAGCAUUUAUCAGCUGUGAAGAGAAUUUUACAAAAGAUGCAGAACAGUUAAUCUAAUGGGCCAGUUAUAAAAAAACAAUCUUUAAAAAAAAAUAGUGUUUUUAUAAUUGAAACCCAUAGAGGUUUUUUUUUUUUUUUAAAGAAUCUCGUAGAGGCCAUUCUUCUGUUCUUUGUCCAGCUUUGUUUCUUAUCCCAAUCCAGAGGGUUGCACAGGAACUCUCUGGCCUGCAGUCUGAGCUCCCUGGGUCCAAUAAAACAAGGGGGCAGGACCGGCAAAGAGAAGAGCUGUUUUUCUGCUGGAGGGCCUUCAGGGAGGUGAAUUUACAAGGACUUGGCUGCAUUUACCACUCAGUGACUUGAUGCUUCUGGAGACUCUUCAGUCAAAAUAAUGGACAUCCUCAAUAAUGCCAAAGGGAGGAGUCCCAAGUCUGGAGGCACCUUUAUUCUUUCAUAUUCUUAAAAAAAAAACUCCAGGUUAUUUCUAGCUGGAUCAUUGAGGGGUAAAUGUGGAGAUAGAGGAGCAGUCUUAAUUCCAAACUGAAAUUUAACCUGAUCUUUUUCUAGUGGCAUUUUUUUCCUGUUAAUGCUGCUUUUGUAGGAUUAAAGUCCUGUGAAUAUCCAGUUAGCCUGUUUCUUCUCUGUGUAAACCCUACUGGACGUUCCUUUCGCUUACAUUCUUGGGGACUGGGUGUGUGAUGGAGCAUUUGUAUUCAUUUCCUGUUGAAUUUCAAUACUUUGUAGCUUGUAAUGCUCUUUGAUUGAAGAUGCACUUUUUAAAUUAAGAAAACUUGUUUUGUAUAUAAGAAAUGGUGUACAUUCAUACAUUUAUAAGAUUUAAUAAACUGAGUUCAGAUCACGAAACAUGAUCCAAAACCUA